AUGAAUGUGCUGUAUCAUUUCCGGCUGCUGCCCACCUGUGACUGCUCCCCUCAUGUUUCCACGCAGAUGUAUGGGCGCUACACACAGGACCUGGGUGUGUACGCCAAAGAGGAGGCCGCACGGCUCCGGGACGAUGGAGGCGGCCUGCGGAGGACCACCAGCGUCAGGAGCCGAGCCGUGGACCUGCUGCAGUACGAGAAGGACCCUUGCGCCAAGUGCCAAAUGUGUGCGUCUCGAUGCCAAAAGUUCCUCCUUUCGAAAGUGGGGGAAGACUGGAUCUUUCUCAUUUUGUUGGGACUGCUGAUGGCCCUGGUGAGCUGGGUCAUGGAUUAUGCCAUAGCUUUCUGCCAAGAAGCACAGAAGUGGAUGCACGUUGGGCUGGGCAGCAACCUGCUGCUACAGUACAUCGCCUGGGUCACGUACCCCGUAGUGCUCAUCACUUUCUCGGCAGGAUUCACUCAGAUCCUCGCUCCUCAAGCCGUCGGAUCAGGCAUCCCCGAAAUGAAGACCAUUUUACGAGGGGUGGUGUUGAAGGAAUACCUCACUUUUAAAACAUUUGUGGCCAAAGUGAUCGGUCUGACCUGCGCUCUGGGCAGCGGGAUGCCUCUGGGGAAAGAGGGCCCUUUCGUGCACGUGGCCAGUUUGUGUGCCGCUCUCCUCAGUAAAUUCAUGGCCGCCGUGUUUGGAGGUAUUUAUAUGGACACAGUGUCACUCAUGCGGGACCACCCCACGGCCCCCCUCCUCAGCUUUGAAGAGCCCUGUGAGGGGAGCAAGUUUACUGACAAGAACGAGCUGCGGAACACGGAGAUGCUGUCAGCCGCCUGCGCCGUGGGGGUGGGCUGCUGCUUCGCCGCCCCCAUCGGAGGGGUGUUGUUCAGCAUUGAAGUGACGUCCACGUUCUUCGCAGUGAGGAACUAUUGGAGGGGCUUUUUCGCCGCCACCUUCAGCGCUUUCAUCUUCAGAGUGUUGGCCGUGUGGAACCAGGAGGAAGAGACCAUCACUGCGCUGUUCAAAACUCGCUUUCGUCUGGAUUUUCCGUUUGAUCUGCAGGAGCUUCCGGCAUUCGCCAUUCUGGGGAUCGCCUGUGGAUUUGCAGGUGCUCUGUUUGUCUACCUGAACAGACACAUAGUGGAGUGCAUGAGGAAGCAGAAGACUAUCAACAAGUUCUUAUUGAGAAAUCCCUCUCUUCCUGUCAGGCGUCUGCUGUAUCCGGCUAUGGUCACUCUGCUGGUGUCCACUCUGACGUUCCCCCCGGGUUUUGGACAGUUCAUGGCUGGGCAGCUGACGCAGCACGAGUCGCUGGUGGCUCUGUUUGACAACCGGACGUGGUGCCGACACGGCGUAGCAGAGGAAUUUGAAUACAACAGCCACCAUCACGGCUGGAAACACCCGCGAGUCAACGUCUUCAUCACACUCAUCCUCUUCAUCGUCAUGAAAUUUUGGAUGUCUGCCGUAGCCACCACCAUGCCGGUUCCAUGCGGGGCCUUCAUGCCAGUUUUUCUAAUAGGUGCAGCGUUUGGUCGACUUGUUGGAGAAAUAAUGGCAGCAGCGUUUCCUGAUGGAAUCCACGCCGACAACACGGUGUACCCUAUAGUUCCCGGGGGAUAUGCAGUUGUUGGUGCGGCGGCCUUGUCAGGAGCAGUCACGCACACUGUCUCCACCGCGGUCAUCGUGUUUGAGCUCACUGGCCAGAUCUCGCACAUCCUGCCGGUCAUGAUCGCUGUCAUUCUGGCCAACGCCGUGGCUCAAUCUCUGCAGCCUUCACUCUACGACUCUAUCAUCCGCAUCAAGAAACUCCCCUAUCUCCCCGAGCUGGGAAUGGGACACCACGAGAAAUACAACAUCCGAGUGGAGGACAUCAUGGUCAGAGAUUUGCGCUACGUCACUCUGAGCUCCACCUAUCGAGACUUGCAGGAGAUGCUGCAGACUGGACAGCUGAAGACACUGGCCUUGGUCGAGUCUAGAGAGUCCAUGAUCCUCCUGGGCUCCAUUGAGCGCCUGCAGCUCCAGUCUCUGCUCACGCUGCAGGUGGGCCGACUGCGGAGGCUCGAGUUCCUCCGUCAGAUGGCCCAGGACAACGGCACCCACGACCAUGCCCUCAGCCUGACCUCGGAGAGCAGCGCCAGCUCCCCCUGCGGCCACGUCGUCAACGCUACUCCUCGCACCAACGCUCGCCAAACGGUUCGCUUUUUGAUUUCUACAGAGGAGACUUCCACCUUCAGCCCGGCAGUAUCCAACUUGCAAAUUCCUCUCAAAUCAGCGCUGAAAACGGUGUCUGCCAUCAGCGAAACAGAGACGCCAAACAGCUCUCAGACGCUGUCGUGCACGGACCAGGACAAGGAGCUGCUGGAGAGCCCUGGGCCGGCUCCUCCGGAACACAGAAAGUCCCGGCUCAAGUGCGCCAGGAACUCCGUGGCGGAGGUGGAGUUGGAAGACCACAUGAGCCCCACAGAGAUUUCUGUGUGGGAGGAGGAACAGCUUGACCAAGCAAUAGAUUUCAAGAACUGCAAGAUUGACCCCGCUCCGUUCCAAUUGGUUGAACAAACCUCACUACAUAAGCUGCGUAAAGCCAUUGAGGGCUCGGUGACAGUGACUGGGGUCAAAGUGCGGCCCCCUUUGGCAAGUUUCCGGAACAGUGGCAACACCACGAGUGUUUCCGAGGUAACGGAACUACACAAACUGUGUAUGCGACACCGAGGCCUCUCGUUACCACGGGAACCUAGCCGCUUAAAAAUGGAGGAUGAUGACGACAUUUCAUUUCGGGAGAAUCCUGGAAAGUUUUCAGACCAAUGCACUUUACAAUUUACCACAUGCCAAACUGUGGACAUUCUAGAAGAGCUGGUGCUUCAAGACAGCCCCUCGUUUACUGAGGACCAAUCAGAAAUCACCUUUGAUUGUAGCCCCUCCCACACAGAGGAGUCAGAACUGCCCUGUGACUUUGACCCAACCAGUCAGACCCCAGAACCUGAGGAGACUAAUCCGGAACCGGAUCCAGACCCUGAGCAGUCGGACCCCGAGGAAGAGGAGCCUCCUGCCUCGCCUCCUGCCUCGCCCACAGUAACGGCCACGGUGAUGGUCACAGUAAUACCCGCAGUUACACCCGCAGUAACGCCCGCAGUAAUGCUCGCAGUAACACCUGCAGUAACGCCCGCAGUAAUGCUCGCAGUAACGCCCGCAGUAACGGCCACAGUAGCGGGCGAUGUGAAUGAAUAG